GACCAAGAAUAUUUACGAUAUCAAAGAGAUUUAGAAAAAAUUAUAUCAAAUUAUAAUCAGGGAACUAAUUGUCACAAAACUGCGACUCUUGCAUUAAAAAACUUAAAGGGUACAUCAUUGGCUACUGUAUUAGGUUUCGUACUUGCUAUGGGAAAGGCUUCGUGCUUGUCAAUGAGC